AUGUCACAGAGAGACUCAUUGGCUACUGAUGAGAGGCUUCAUGCUCUAGAAGAAGAGGCAGAAAGGGUACGGCUUCUGUGGGCGGCAUCAAGAAAGUACAACUUCGAUCUUCAUGUUUUAGAGUCUAAAGCCCAAGAUGCCGAGGAUAGACUCGAAACGGUUGCCUCUCAGGCUCAAAAGAUGGCUGACAUUGUUACAGAACAAUGGAUUCAAAUUCAGCGGCUUGAGCAGGCUCUUCAUAUUACACAAUUUCUUCUUGGUUGGACUGCUUUUCAUUCUUUGGAUAUUGCAUUUCUGUUAUAG